GAGGGGGGGCGACAUGGCGGCCAAAUCGCGGCGUCCGGCGCGCGUCACGCUGAAAUGCGUCGUCGUCGUGGCGCUCGUCUCGGCGUUGUUCGUCGUGUACCAAUCGAGUCGCAUGGUCCACGGGGACGACACCCUGCAGGAGACAUCGAAGCGCGACGUCGCCGCCGCCCACGCCGAGGCGUCCCUCGCGUGGCGCCGCGCCCAGGAGGCCGAGGCCGCCCUCGCGGCCCUCCGCCGCGGGUCGCCCGCGGCCGCGCCGGAGCUCCGGCGGCGGGCCGCGCUCGCGGCGCUCGCGCCGUGCUCCGCGGGCGAGGCGCAGGCCUGCCGCGUCGUCGCCGCGCGCGGGCCGCGGCGGCGGGCGACCGGCGGCGCCGCGAGCCCGGCGACCGUCGACGCCGCGGCGCGCGCCGCGGUCCUCGCGGACGUCGUGGCACCCGGAAAGGGCGGCGCGCUGCGACCGGCGCGCCGCGACCGCUUCGCCGCGCCUCGCCGGGGCGACGCGCGGUGCGAGGCGACCGCGCGCCUGCCGCUCGCCGACGCGCUCGCGGCGUUCGCGGCGGACGCGAAACGGCGCUCCGAGCGCGCGCGGCCGCGCGUCGCGUUCACCGUCGCCGACGGCCACUACGCGGCGGGCCUCGCGGACCACGCGCUCGACGUGUCGCGGGCCUACGGCGCAUCGACGCCGCUCCUCGUCGUCGCGCUCGACGACGACGCGGCGGCCGCGGCCUGCGCCGCGGGCGCGGCCGUCGCGCGGUUCGAAGCCGCCGAGAAAAACGGGACCGGCGCGCGCCGACGAAAAAAGGCGGCGGUCUACGCGGCCAAGUACGGGACCAUGGCGGCGCUGCUCCGGGCCGGGCUCGACGUGACCUUCGGCGAGAUGGACGUCUUCUUGAUCGGCGACCCGCUCGCGGCCGCGUCCUGCGCGGGCGAGGCGUGCUCCGAGGGUCUCGCGGACCCGGCGGACGCGGACGUCGUCAUCGGCGCGCACCAGGACAACUGCAUGGAGUUCAACGCGGGCUGGUACCACGCGCGGUCGAAGCAUGCCGACGUCGCGGCGCUCUUCGAGGACCUCGACCGCUACACCGCGGCGCACCCAACGGUCUUCGACCAGCAGGUGCUCAACUGCAUGCUCAAGCGGGCCCUGGCGACGCCGGGCCACCACCGCCACGAGUGCGAGACGCGCGAGGGGAACUCGAAGAGCGCGCUCGGCGCGAAAAACGACUCGAUUCUGAGCCCCUGGACGACGCCGCCCCACCGCGUCUCCUUCUCGGUGCUCGGCGGCGACGUGUUGGCCGCGCACCCCUCGCCCUUCGUCUUGCCGCCGACCGUCGGGAUCCACGUGCUCACGAACACGCCGCUGACGGACGCGAGGGCCAAAACCGACGUGGCGCGUGAACUGGGUAUGUGGCCCGGCGCGGACGGCUACUACGCCGUCGGCGGCGGGGCCCCGAAAUACCUCGUCUACGCGAACAACCUGCUGAGCACGUCCGACGACCCGCGCUACCACUCGAUGACCUGGGUCGUGGCGGCGCUGUGCCACCUCGUGUUCUUGGCGCGCGUCACGGGCCGCGUCCUCGUGCUGCCGACGAUCUUCGAUUUUCAACAGUUCCACUACGCCGCGGACCACUUCGACCUGCGGAGCGUGGAGGCGUUCCUCGGGGGCGAGCGGUCGUGGCGCGAGUCGACGUUCUUCUCGAACGCGCGCCUCGACGUCGCCCCGGACGCGACGACGGCGACGCUCGCCGUGACGCGCGACGGACGGGCCGCGCUCCCACCCCGGAACUUGGCAUCUGUGACCGCGACGGCGUCGGACCUCGCGGACCUCGCGACGGCCGCGGACGCCGCGCCGCCGCCGCCGGCGCGAUCGUACGAUCUGGGCGGGAAGGCGGCGGACAAGGUGCGCGACGUCUGGGCCGUCGCCGCAGCGGACGCGGCGCUCGCGGCGGCGGACGUGCUCGUCGUGGACCUCGACGGCGCGGGCCCCCUCCCGCUCCAGGAGUGCGUCCGGCGGGGCGGCGCCUGGGACUGCGGGCGGGCCGUCGACGUCGGCGAGGCGCCCCGGGAGCUCGCGCUGGCCCUCGGCGCGCUGAAGUGGUGUCGACAGAAGCCGGGGAUCGACCACGCCAGGGCGCCCAACGGCGGGGCCUCGCCCCCGGGCUACGCGCCGGGCAAGACGUGCGCCGCGCGCCUCGCGAACAAGAGGAUCCCGCUCGAAGCGGCCCGGCUGGCGCCGGUGCCCGACUAGUGGGGUCGCGUUCAGUCGCGUGUUAUCGAAUUGGUGGUGGUU